AUGUGGAAAGUAUUGCAGCGGAUUAUUUUGGACCGACUCAUUGAACAUCGCGAAGAAACAACGUGCAACGACAAGCUAGCUUUCAUCCUGGCCGAUCUACGAUUGACCAGGUGUUCUUCGUCAUCGGUCGAAAUCUGGCAGCGGCCUUCUCAACGAGCUCCGCGCCGAUGGAGUACAGGAAAGUUCGUUCGUUUGCUUGAUGACAUGAAUCAACGAACAACUGCUGCAGUUCGAACACCAGCCGGAUGUACAACACCGUUUGAAUAUGCGAAGAACAGUCGACCAGUGUCUUAUCGAUAUCUUUCCAGCAUCAUCAGGACGCCCCUUGACCGAUCUCGAGAAACGGAUGUGGAUCUCUUCAAGACCUCGAAGAGGAAUCGGGGUGGACGCACAACUGAUCGAACUCGUCGAUGA